UACAGGCAUGAGCUACCAUGCCCGGCCUAAGAUGCUUAUUUUUAAAACAUGUUGGCAGUUACUGGUGUCAUUCCCACCCCAACGUUCUCUUUUCCUUAUUCUUCCCCAUUUAUGCCAAGGAAAUGGCCCAAUGGCACUAAAAUCCUGCUGACAACCCUCAGCACAAAACUCUGCUUCAGCUUUUUGGUAAGUUUUAUUUUCUUCCCAAUUUAUAGGGCACCAGAAUGAGUACUAAAAAGUCUCCUGAGGAACUGAAGAGGAUUUUUGAAAAAUAUGCAGCCAAAGAAGGUGAUCCAGACCAGUUGUCAAAGGAUGAACUGAAGCUAUUAAUUCAGGCUGAAUUCCCCAGUUUACUCAAAAGUCCAAACACCCUAGAUGAUCUGUUUCAAGAACUGGACAAGAAUGGAGAUGGAGAAGUUAGUUUUGAAGAAUUCCAAGUAUUAGUAAAAAAGAUAUCCCAGUGAAGGAGAAAACUAAAUAGAACCCUGAGCACUGAAGGAAGAGCACCUGUGCUGUGGUUUUAUCCUAUGUGGAAUCCCCCAAAGUCUCUGGUUUAAUUCUUUGCAAUUAUAAUGAUCUGGCUGUGAGGUUCAGUUAUUAUUAAUAAAGAAAUUAUUAGACAUACCUUACUUUGUUAAGUACUGACCCUCAUAACAUAAUAGACUUGAAAGUAACCUCAGUCUGAUUCAACUAAUUCUAUAGAUUUAAAAGAGAGAGAGAGAGGGAGGCUGAGGCAGGAAGAACACUUGAACCCCGGAGGUCAAGG